AUGCCUUGGCUAGAAGGCGAGGGUGAUGACAGUGUGUUGAACCAGAAUAUUCCAGAAUUGAUUGAUGCUAAAGUGUGUAACCUGUUUGAGGUUGAUAAUCAUAUGUGGGACUUGGAUGUUCUUAAUGAUCUCUUUGAUCCAGGUGUUGUUCAGCGUAUUGUUAGCAUCCCGUUGAGUGACCGUGACUUGAGCGACAAGUGGUAUUGGAAGUUUGAAGAUAAAGGGCAUUUUAAUGUGAAGAGUUGUUAUCGGGUUCUGCUUUGUUCAGGAUUCCUUCCAACGGCGGAGGCUCUGGCUCGUAAGCGAGUUUUUAUUAAUGCUCAAUGCCUUAUUUGCUCUUCGUUUGAAGAAACGGACAUGCAUCUGCUGUGUUACUGUUCCUUCGCAGCUGACUGCUGGAGGUUUUCAAAGCUGUCGGUUGUUAAUUCCCAGUUUUCCUGCUCUCUCGCUAUUAUCUGCUGGCAUAUCUGGUGUAACCGGAAUAACAAGAUAUGGGCUCAGAAAUCUGGUAUCCCUAGUGACGUUAUCAGUGCAGCUGAGCAGCAGUUGGCUGCAUGGAAAAUAGCUCGAUCUCGCAGGUCUGAUGGUCAUUCAGGUUCAGCUGAGAAAGGGGAUGGCAUGUGUAGAUGGCAGCCUCCAGAGGUGGGGUGGGUCAAGUGUAACGUGGAUGCAGCGUUAUUUGGGGACGACAUAGGCAUUGGCUGCGUUGUUCGUGAUCACACGGGAGCUGUUGUUCAGGCGAAGAAGAUGGUUAUUCGAGGGUCAUUUUCUCCUAGAACAGCGGAGGCAAUUGGCAUCCGAAAGGUGUUAUCUUGGUUGAAAGGCUGGUCUAAGCUAGUUGUGGAGUUAGAUGCUAUGGAUGUGGUGUUAGGUAUCAGGAGUCCGAAGAGAGAGGCUACAGAUGUUGUUAUCUGUGACUGUGCUGAAAUGGCGAAGCAAUUUCAUAAUUUGAAGUUUUGUUUUGUUAGGCGAUCUGCUAACCGAGCUGCGCAUGUUAUGGCGCAUAAUGCUAGUUUCACUUCAGGUCAUCAGGAGUGGUUUUCGAACUUCCCUAAAUUCCUUUCAUUUGUAAUUGCUUCUGAUUUAAUUGGAAUAAAGUUCUACUUUGACUCUAAAAAAAACUAA